AAUUUGAACCACCCUUUUCGCCGUCCCACAGUCGGCACGCGACGCCCGGAGCGAUGGACCCUUUUACGGAGAAACUGCUCGAAAGAACCCGUGCCAGGCGGGAGAACCUGCAGAGAAAAAUGGCUGAGCGGCCCACAGCUGCUGCCAGGUCUGCAACUCAUGCCAAGCGACUGAGGGAGCCACUUUCAGAAGCAAGUAACAAGCAGCCCCCGUCCAGUGGUGAAGAGAAAUCUUGUACAAAACCGUCACCAUCAAAAAAGCGGUGUUCUGACAACACUGAAGUAGAAGUUUCUAACUUGGAAAAUAAGCAGCCAGUUGAGACAGCUGCUGCAAAAUCUUGUUCUCCCAGCCUGGAGUCUCAUCAAACACCGCCACCGACACCCACUGGGGUCAGGGACUCUGCGGCUGCCCCAGCAUCACAGACGGGCCUGGGGAGAGAGCUGCACCCGAGACUGGAAGUAGCUGCAGGCUCCUCAGUGAAAACACGCAUGCAGAAACUUGCAGAGCAGCGACGCCACUGGGAUAAGGACACAGCAGACACAUUUUCAGAUGAUGUUCCCACGAGCUCCCUCAUUUCUCCAAUGCCAUCGGAGGUAAAGGCUGCCUGCCCUCCCAAAUCCCCUCUUUCUGGUGCUCCAGCAACCCCAGUUGGGCGAAGGGGCCGUCUGGCCAACCUUGCUGCCACCAUUUCCUCCUGGGAAGAUGAUGUAAGUUACUCAUCUGCAAAGCAAAGCAGUGUACAAGAACAGCCUGGUACCACUUGUUUAUCCAAAUUUUCCUCUGCAAGUGGAGCAUCUGCUAGGAUCAAUAGCAGCAGUGUUAAGCAGGAAGCGACAUGCUGUUCCCAAAGGGAUGGCGAUGCAGCUUUGAACAAAGCCUCGUCUGCCAGUGCUGCCACUACCUCUGUACUUCAUGCCUCAGUUUCCAGCUCUGUGAAAGCUGCUUCUUCUCCUGUGAAGUCUUCUACAUCCACCACCAGUGCUAAAAACUGUGAGGUACAAAAUCCUGAGGUACUGCAAAAGACUGUUAGUCCUCUGAAAACAGAGGUGUCAGAACCGGCUGGGAAGGCUGCUUUAUCCCAGGGAGUUGGUGCCAGAGAAGAAGGAAACAGAGAAAUUCGUCUGCAGUCUCAAUCUAAAGACAAAUCUACAACUCCAGGAGGAAGAGGAAUUAAGCCUUUCCUGGAACGCUUUGGAGAGCGUUGUCGGGAACACAAAGAAAGCCCAGCUCAUAACACACCCCAUAGGACCCCUGUUAUCACCCCAAACACAAAGGCCAUCCAAGAAAGAUUGUUCAAGCAAAAUGCAGGUUCAUCUACUACCCAUGCGGCACAACAGCUCAAGCAGGAGCGUCAGAGAGAACUAGCAUGUCUCCGCGGCCGAGUUGACAAGGGCCAUUUAUGGAGUGCAGGAAAAGGCGGGGACUCAGGAAGCAAACAGACAGAAACCAAGCAGGAAAUUCACAGUCAGGACACUCCUCUCAAGAAACAUCAAGUUGUCCCCAAUACCCAGUCCCUUCCAGUAAUAGGCAAGGUGACAGAAAACGAGAUACUGGCAAAAGCUUCUAGUACUGAACGUACAGGUUUUCCUGAAUGCAACAUGACAAAGUCUAGUCCUUUGAAAAUAACAUUGUUUUUAGAAGAGGAAAAGCCCUUGAAAAUGACAUCAGACCCAAAAGUUGAACAGCAGACUGAAGUGGUUCAGGAGAUUGAGAUGAGUGUGGAUGAUGAAGUCGAAGAUAUCAACAGUUCAAAAGUGAUUAAUGACCUCUUCAGUGACGUCCUUGAAGGAGGUGACCUGGAUGUGGAAAGGAACCAAGAGGAGAUGGAUCAGAUGCUAGCAGGAGGAGGCGAGGAGCAAGAAGAUGCGCUUAACAUCUCCUCCAUGUCUUUACUUGCGCCCUUGGCACAGACAGUUGGUGUAAGUCCAGAGAGUUUUGUUUCCUCACCGAAGUUGGCAUUGAAGGACACUAGUGGAAGUGAUGAAAGUCCCAAACCAGGAAAAUUCCAGAGAACUUGUGUCCCUCGAGCCGAGUCUGGGGAUAGCAUUGGCUCUGAAAAUCAUGAUCUUCUUUAUAGCAUCGACGCAUAUAGGUCUCAAAGAAUCAAGGAAACAGAGCGUCCUUCAAUAAAGCAAGUGAUUGUUCGGAAGGAAGAUGUUACUUCAAAGUUGGAUGAAAAGAAGAACACCUUUUCUUGUCAAGUUAACAUGAAACAGAAAAUGGAGGAGCUCAAUAAUGAAAUAAAUUUGCAGCAGACAGUGAUUUAUCAAGCGAGCCAGGCUCUUAACUGCUGUGUUGACGAAGAGCACGGGAAGGGGUCCCUGGAAGAAGCUGAAGCGGAGAGACUGCUUCUGAUCGCAACUGAGAAGAGGACACUUUUGAUUGAUGAGUUGAAUAAACUGAAGAGUGAAGGCCCUCAAAGGAGGAAGAAGGCAGGUGCCGCAGCCCAAAAUGGAUUUGUCGCAUCCACAGGCUCAGUGACUUUGUCUGAAAUUCGCUUGCCUUUGAAAGCAGAUUUUGUCUGUGGGAUGGCUCAGAAAUCUGAUGCAGCCAAUUAUUAUUAUUUAAUUAUGCUAAAAGCAGGAGCUGAAAAUAUGGUAGCCACACCAUUAGCAAGCGCUUCAAACUCUCUUAAUGGCGAUGCUCUGACAUUCAUGACUACAUAUACUCUACAAGAUGUGUCCAAUGACUUUGAAAUAAAUCUUGAAGUUUACAGCUUGGUACAAAAGAAAGAUUCUUCAGGCCAUGAGAAGAAGAAAAAAACAUCCAAGUCCAAGGCUAUUACUCCAAAGAGACUCCUUACAUCUAUAACCCCCAAAAGCAGCCUUCAUUCUUCAGUUAUGGCCAGUCCAGGAGGCCUCCACGCUGUGCGGACCAGCAACUUUGCCCUCGUUGGAUCUUACACACUGUCAUUAUCAUCUGUAGGAAGCACUAAGUUUGCUCUUGAAAAGGUGCCCUUUUUGUCUCCUUUGGAAGGUCAUAUUUGUUUAAAAAUAAACUGUCAAGUGAAUUCAAGUGUUGAAGAAAAAGGUUUUCUAACUAUAUUUGAAGAUGUUAGUGGCUUUGGUGCCUGGCAUAGAAGAUGGUGUGUGCUUUCUGGAAACUGUAUCUCCUAUUGGACCUAUCCAGAUGACGAACGGCGGAAGAAUCCCAUAGGAAGGAUAAACCUAGCCAACUGUACCAGCCGGCAGAUAGAACCAGCCAACAGAGAAUUUUGUGCAAGACGCAACACUUUUGAAUUAAUUACUGUCCGACCACAAAGAGAAGACGACCGGGAGACUCUGGUCAGCCAGUGCAGGGACACACUCUGCGUCACAAAGAACUGGCUCUCUGCUGACACAAAGGAGGAGCGAGACCUCUGGAUGCAGAAACUCAACCAAGUUCUUGUGGAUAUUCGCCUCUGGCAGCCCGAUGCUUGCUACCAGCCUAUUGGGAAGCCGUAAACUGCAGGAAUUUCCUUAUCACGUGGAGACUUUUUUGUGCUAUGUCAUAAAUUUAUCUUAAGAAAACAGACUUUAGAGCAUCAGAUUUACUGAUUGCAUAUUGUGCUUUAAAUAGGAAAGGGUUUGUGCAAAUAUUCACUACAUAUUAUGCAGCAUUUAUGUCUUUUUGUAUGUAAAACUUCAACCACUUCCUGUCACUCAUAAAUGAUUGGAAGUCAGUUCAUUAUAGUUGUUGCUAAGUCUAAAGUUAAAAGUCUCAUUUUCCUAGGAAUAUAAUUAAUUGUUCAGUUCAUGACAAAAUAUUUUUGUAGAAGUAUGAAACUCUGAGUUAUUUUCUUGGAGCUGUAUUCUUGAAGCAGCGAGGUCUUCCAGGGUUGGAGAUAGAUGCCUUCAAUUUGCGAUCCCUUCUCAGCCUCAAUAGGUUUUUCAAAAGUUUAUAGUCAUCUCUUGAUCAGUGAUUUGUUAAUACAGUACUGAAAAAAAUUCCGAAGGGACUCUAAGAAAUAUUUUUAGUAAUGGAGAUGAGCACUUUUAAAAGUAGCAAAUGUCCUACCUUAGAGCUUGAAGCCACCUUUUAAGAAAAGAUGUAGACAGGCGACAUUGUGUGAGAUUUGGGGUCAGAUAUCUUAUAUGGGACACUUAAUCAUGUGGUUUACAUGUACUCAGUUACAUAUGCUGUGUGGUACACAUUUUCAUAGAAUUCAUGCUUUAUUGAAAUAAUUAUUUUGCCAUGUAGCUUACAGACUCCCAGACUUUAGCAUAUUAAUUUUUUCUGUCCCUGUAACAAGAACAAAUGUAAAUUGAAGAACCUUUAUAUUACAAGAACUAAACUUUUUCUAAGCUGCUACAGAAUAAUACUUUGCUUGCCAAAGUUCUUGUCUUUUCUUUUAUGUUUGUGUAUGACAGUGUCUUGCAACCUGUUUGAAAUUAUUCUGAAAAUGCUGUCAUGUAUUACCUUUAAAAACCUAAUACCUUUGUUAUUAUAAAAUAUUUGUAAAGCAUCAUUUUAACUUCUAAGUACCCUCAGAAUUUCUUUUCUGAAUUGUUAGUUAUUGAUAAUUUCAUGUAAAACACUAAAUUCUGUCACCUUCUGUUUUUUUGCAUUCAAA